ACUCCUUACAGAAAGCAGCAUGGAUUAACUGCAGUUUUCCCGAUCAGGAAAAGGAGCCUUGGAUGUUGAAAUCCACUCAUAUCUGAUCUAAGUGAGAGGAUUUCUUCACUUCAAGAACCAGCCAUACAACAUGACUCCAAGAAGAAUAACUCUGAGACCUACAAUGUUGCUGAUACUUAUGAUCAAAGUCUGGAGCAGUGAAACCCUCACAUGUGGUCCAGAAGAAUAUCAGACAGGGAACCAAUGUUGCCCAAUGUGUCCGCCUGGAAGCACGAUUAAACUAGAAUGUACAGAGUUCAGAAGUACAUCUUGCCUGCUGUGCAAGAAUGGAACCUAUAUGGAUAAAUCUAAUGGACAUACACAGUGCUUCCCAUGUACAAACUGUGAUACAGGUUCUGGUCUGAAGACAAAGUGGUUAUGUACAACAACAUCGGAUACAGUUUGUGAACCACUGGAGGGAUUCUUCUGUGUUGAUUUUAUGGGGGAUCAAUGUGCAGCAGCACAGGAACACACCAUAUGUCAACCAGGACAAUACAUACAGGAAGAAGGCACAGCCUUCACAGACACUGUGUGCUUUGACUGCAGUGAUGGGACAUUUUCUAAUGGAACAUAUUGUUACCCCCAUACACAAUGUGAAUCAAAAAACCUUCAGCUGAUAGCACCAGGCACUGCAUCAGCUGAUUCUAUAUGUGGAGAAAAGACUCCAAAUGUGAUUUCUAUCAUCAUCGUUGGGGUGGUUAUUUUAUUAGUUCUUUCAGGUGGAUUAUUAAUGUACUGUGUGAAGAAAAAGAAAAGACAUCCAGAUCGGACAAGCAAAAAAAGAGGAGAUAUUUCCAAAGAGGAAAACGAAGCUGAAAUAGAAAAUGUGUUGCCACUGUGAACAGCAGCAGAUGGGGGAGUCUGAGUUUGGCAGGUGCCAGGAGAACGUUACCUGUCUGACUGCAUCGUGCUAACUUGGUGGAGGAGGAAUAAUAUCCUGUGGCUGUUUUUCAGGGUCUGAGCUAUAAGCCGUUUGUCUCUUACAUAAAGCAAUGCGGCUCUGCUUCCAACUUUGUGGCAACAGUUUGGUGAAGGCCUUUUUUCUAUUCCAACAUGACUGUGCCCCAGUGAACAAAGCAAGGACUAUAAAGACAUGAUUCAAAGAGUUCAUUAUGGAAGAACUUGACUGGUCUGCACAGAGCCCCUCCCCAACCUCAUCGAGCAUCUUUGGAAUGAACUGGAACAGAUUGGCGAGUCAAGCUUUCUUGUCCAACAUCAGUGCUGGACCUCAUAAAUUCCUUACAAAGUGAGUGGGCACAAAUUCUCACAGAAACACUCACAAAUCUUUGGAAGCCUUCCAAGAAGAGUGGAAGCUAUUACUGCUGAGAAGAUCCAUGUACUGUAUGUCAAACAUACUCAUCCUGACUAGAUAGCAUCUAAACAGUAUUUUAAAACUAACCUCUCUCAUUUGAAAUAAUACAUUUUCUUGACAAGACCCAUGUGUUUUUCCAAUUAAUCCCUUUAUUGUGCCAUCAUUAUAUAAAUUAUUCCGAUAGAAGACAAUAUCUUCUAGAUAGAAACAAUAUAAUACUGCUGUAAACUUUGAAUGCUUUCAAAAAUAUAAAUACUGAAUAAAUAAA